GUGGUGGGAGUUUCGGGCAAGAGCCGUCCGGGCCUGACCGCUGAGUGUGGGCACCGAUGCCACCGCCAGAGGAAGGGGCAGCAAAGUGGGAACCGGGGUGCCGGCGAUGAGUGACUUGGGGGAGUAAGUGAGAAGCGGCGAGCGGAGGGGGCGGAGCAAGAGGAGGAAGGAGAAGGCUGGAGGGGAGAUCCGAGGAGAGAAGUGAGGGCCCGCAGGGGAAGAGAGACAUCAGGUCAACGUGUAAGCUGAGUACACUCCACUAGAAGAGAAGCAAAGACAGCAUCAUCAUGGCGUCAGUGUCUACCCAUGGAAACCAAGAUAAACCGCAUUUGCCACCACUAAGCAAGCAGAGCCUGUUGUUUUGUCCAAAAUCCAAACUGCACAUCCACAGAGCGGAAAUUUCAAAGAUUAUCAGAGAAUGUCAAGAAGAAAGUUUCUGGAAGAGAGCUCUGCCCUUUUCUCUUGGAAGCAUGCUUGUUACCCAAGGACUAGUCCACCACGGUUAUUUAGCAGCUAACCCACGAUUUGGAUCAUUGCCUAAAGUUGCACUGGCUGGUAUCCUGGGAUAUGGCCUUGGAAAGGCAUCAUACAUAGGAGUCUGCCAAAGUAAAUUUCAUUCCCUUGACGAUCAGCUACGCGGGGCUGGCUUUGGUCCAGGACAUAACAGGCACUGCCUGCUUACCUGUGAGGAGUGCAAAAUUAAGCACGGAUUAAGUGAGGAGCGAAGUUCACAGCCAUCAGCUUCCUAAACUCUACACCUGUGGCUUUUGAAGUUUCUUAAAGUUCUGAAUUUGCACACACACUACAGUUUCAAGUGUACUUGAAAAAAGCGUACAGUGGAACAGAAACAUUGUGAUUCUCUCUUAUCAAAAUGCUUUUUGCGGAAGGUUCUCAAUUGAAUUGAGUGUAUGUUUUUCUACUGUGUACGAACAUGGUGGGAGAAUUCACACACCGAAAAGAAAUUGUGUUGUAUUCUAACUUGUAUACAGUGAAGUAAAAGAAUGUCAAGUCCUCUCUAA